AUGGCUUUCCUUGAUCGCCUUCCUACAAAAGGAAGGCUCAAUCGAAUGGGGCUUGUUAAUGACCUUCACUGCACUCUUUGUGGAGUAGGAUUUGAAACUAGAAAUCAUUUAUUUUUUGAAUGUCCAAUUGCCACUGCUUUAUGGUCUGCUAUUUUUGACAUCAAUGGUAUUCGUUUUAGGCACACUUCUUGGGAAACUCUCUAUAACUGGGCUAUUGCUACUUGGAAGCGCAAAUCCCUCCUCACUUCUUUAAUGAAAAUCUCUUCCAAUGCUCUAAUUUAUACAAUCUGGAAAGAAAGGAACAAGAGAAUCUUUCAAGGUCAAGCUUCCACGAUUGAUGUUAUGUUUAAAGCUAUCAAGGAAACUGUUGGAUUUCAUCUAAGGGGAAGGCCUAUCAAUAGAUUUGAUACUGUAAAUAUUAAUCUUUGUAACCAAUGGGGUAUAAUUUGA